GUAUGAUUCAGCCUCAUCGGUCAACCGGUAUGAUUCAGCCUCAUCGUUCAACCGGUAUGAUUCAGCCUCAUCGUUCAACCGGUAUGAUUCAGCCUCAUCGUUCAACCGGUAUGAUUCAGCCUCAUCGGUCAACCGGUAUGAUUCAGCCUCAUCGUUCAACCGGUAUGAUUCAGCCUCAUCGGUCAACCGGUAUGAUUCAGCCUCAUCGUUCAACCGGUAUGAUUCAGCCUCAUCGGUCAACCGGUAUGAUUCAGCCUCAUCGUUCAACCGGUAUGAUUCAGCCUCAUCGGUCAACCGGUAUGAUUCAGCCUCAUCGUUCAACCGGUAUGAUUCAGCCUCAUCGGUCAACCGGUAUGAUUCAGCCUCAUCGUUCAACCGGUAUGAUUCAGCCUCAUCGGUCAACCGGUAUGAUUCAGCCUCAUCGGUCAACCGGUAUGAUUCAGCCUCAUCGUUCAACCGGUAUGAUUCAGCCUCUCCAAACCAAAUUUGCAAUGGUUUCCGCGAGAUACUAAGA